AUGGUAUGUCGCUUUGGUCUGAAAAUAAUAUCUGCUUCACAGAGUACUAUGCGCCUAACAAAUUUAAACGAUGUAAAACUAGAAACGCAAUAUGACCAGGUACACAGAGCCAAUAUAUCUUCUCGAAGACGUCAAGAAAGACGACGUAACCGCACACCACCGCCGUCUUACGAAGAAGUUUCAUCAAUGUUGAGGCGCCGUGAAUCUAUUGGCGACGAAAGAAACCGAUCAGCUUCUCCCGUCCACAGAGCUCCCAUUAAUCAAAAUGUUGCAAACAAUGGGAAUAGUGUGGGUGGGGAAGCGGAGUCUCGAUCCUCUAACUCAUCUUCAGGUCUUGCUAACGCUAAUUUAGAUAAUAACAUACCCGUUACGCGAGGUGUAAGCGAUGUUAGCAUGAUUGAUGCAAAUAGUCCGCCAAUAAACGAGAAUGUUUGA